AUGUAUGCAUAUUUUUUUAGACGUGAACAAAAGAUGAAUACAUCCUUAAAGUUUAUUUUAUGUUGUUUACUUUUGAAUUAUAUAUUAUCUAAAGUAUACAGUUUUAAUAACCUAUAUAUACAUAAAUACAUUAAGUUUAUAAAUAAAAAUAAUUUUAUAAAGGCUAAUAAAAGAUAUGAUAAGUGUGUUAAUAAUCUAUCGAAAUAUAACAAAUUUAUUUUAAAUAAUACUAUACAAAAUAUUCAUACUACAAGAGGAGUAGUACAAAUAAAUGAUGAAGAAGAAACAGAAGAUGAAUAUUUUGAAGAUGAUGAUGAAGGAGACGACGAAAGAGAUGAAGAAAAUUAUGACACCAUAGUAGAAUAUGAAAAAGAUGAAAAUCGAAAUAAAAAAAAUAUAAAAAUUUCAGGACCUUUAAAGAAAAUUACAAUAAAAACGACCAAGGUUAAAAGAAAAAAAAAAAAAAAAAAAUCUGCUGAAGGGAUGAAAUGUAAAACAUGCAAGAAAUUAUUGAAACCAAGAGUAAAGUUUUGUGUAUACUGUGGUACCAACGUUUCUGUAGAAAAAAUCAAGUUGAAAAAAUAUAUAGAAGAAAUCUAUUUACCUAUAAGAAAGGAAGAGGUCAGUGAAAACACUUUUAGAGUAGAGAAGGGUUUUUGGAAGGAUAUAUUACCAAAAUUAGGAAAAUACGAACUGCACGAAUUGGGUCCCAAUAAUUGGGAGAGUUUCUUGAAAUAUUUGAAAUCAAAAAAUUGUUCUCCAAGAACUAUGGCCUUAUACCAAUCAACAUAUCAGCAAUCCUUGAAAUAUGCUUUGUAUCGUGAUUAUCUAAAGAGUGUACAUAAUUUUAGAAAAAUAAAAAAAAGUACAAUACCUAGAAGAAAGAUUACACCCCUAUCUCCAAAGGAAAUUGAAUUGUUGUUAAAGAAUAGCAGUGAUAUGCAUAGAGCAAUAUUUGCCUUAAGUAUAGGUAUUGGACUCAGACCAUCGGAAGUUCUACGUAUUCAUUGGGAAGACAUUAAUUUUGAAAGGAAAGAAAUUUUUAUUAAAGGACAGAAAACCAAAUAUAGUAAUACAUCCGUUCCUAUGACAAACUUUGCAUUUAAUGAAUUGUUAAAAUGGUGGGAAAUAGAAAAUAAGCCCAUUAAAGGAUUGUGCUUUUAUUCUGAAACGAUAAAAAAUAAAUUCAAUUAUACUCAAACAAAAACACCCUUAAAAACAUUUAAGACGGCACUAAAAGGAGCAGCCAAAAGAGCUGGAUUAGAAAUUAGUGAAGACGGAAAGAGUAGGAGAAUUUUUCCUUAUCUUUUAAGACAUUCUUUUGCAACUAUUGCUGCAACGUCCAAUCCCCCGGUUCCUUUACCAGUUGCUCAGGCCAUAAUGAGACAUUCCUCAUCAAAGAUGUUACUAGAUACGUAUACAAAAGCGGGAAAUAACAUUAUUCGUGAUGGUCUUGAUAACUUCAAAAUAUAA